AGAACGCUUACAAGAAUCUUGCCUGUCCAUUCUUGAAGUUGUUCUACGAGAGUGAAGAGCUUCAUAGUCUGUGUUGAUGCGGCUUGGUUUUACGGAGCUGCUGGAUUACAAAAAGGGCGAAUUUUGGCAGACGAAGACUGUACCGUCCUAGUCAAUGGCAGCGGGUGAGGAUUCCCCUCUCCCUGCUGGGAUAGCUGGAAGCCGAAGCGUGGAGAAAGCACUUGAGGAGGCAGUAGCGAGUGGCGCAUUAAACUUAUCUAACAGAAAACUCAAAGAGUUUCCUCGCACUGCAAGGAAUUAUGACUUGUCGGAUGUAACGCAAGCGGAUCUUUCCAAAAAUCGUCUGUCAGAACUUCCAGAGGAAGUAUGCCAGUUUAUCUCCUUGGAGUCCCUCAGUUUGUAUCACAACUGUGCCAGGAGCAUUCCAGAAGCUGUGUGCAACCUACAGGCCCUCACCUACAUCAAUAUAAGUCGAAAUCAACUGUCCUCCUUGCCUCCAUUCCUGUGUCAACUUCCUCUAAAAGUUCUGAAUGCUAGCAAUAACAAGCUCUCCACACUGCCAAACAAUAUUGAUACCCUGGUCAACCUCAGACAACUGCUCACACCAGUGGGUCUGCUUAGCUGGAAGCGACCAGACAGCUGCAGUCACCUUCAUCUGACUCCUGUCUUGCCUGCCCUAUUCGGCUUCAGCCGAGACAUACUUAUCUGGCCCUACAUUAUCCCAUACACUGUAUCGUGCUCCCUGGAUGUUGGGAAGGUCAAUCCAAUUCCCUGCUCUUACACUAAAGGACAGUGGGACACUUUUUGGAGCACAAUUGCCUUCACUCCUUUGCAGGAGCCAGAGCACCCUGCUACUUCUCCUCAGCCACGCUUUCUUGCUCCAAUGAUUGUGCCUUGA